AUGGUCAGAUUGGCAGUGACCAGCCCCGGGGCUGCUGUGUGGAGGUGGAGCUACGUGGAGGCCAACAGGGAAGCCAUUGCAGGGUCCAGGAGACACGAGCAGGGGAUUGGGCCAGGGUGGCGGCAGAAGAGGUGCAGGGAAAGGCUAGACUGGAGAGCUGCUCAUUAUAAUACGAUAAGAAAACCCCACGACGGCAAGGGCUGGGUGGAAGUCCUCUCUUCAGCCUCACACCUGGCACGGGGAGGGCCCUGGCCGGUCCUGAUGAACACGUCUGUGGAGAGAAGGCACGUCCUCCUGAGUCAUCAGUUUCCUGGGGCUGAGCCCGGGCCCUGCUUGUCAGCAUAUUGCUCACUGAUCUGGAAAGCUUUCCUGUCGUCUAGACACUCCCAUCCCCGUUCUAAAGAGACCUUCUAA